CAUCAGCCAAACUCACUCAUUAUUCCCGUUCGCUGUUCUUAAGCAGACUUUAUAAUUUUCUGGUAACUUUGCGAUUUUGAAAAUUGAAUCUCUGCUUCUGAAUUACGCUCGCAAAUUUCUGUUCGUCAAAAACUUGAUAAUCAUGAAAACUCAAAGCUCCAACGCCCUAUGAACGAUGACUGGGAACGAGUUCCGAUUCUUCUUGUCGUGCGACAUCAAUCUUCCCCUCACUUUCCGAAUCGAUCGUUUGGAGGGCACUUUGCCUCCCGCUAAAUCUCCUAAUUCAGAAGUUGAUUCAACGACAGAGGAGAGAAUAGCAGAGCUAUAUGUGGAGUGCGCACUGUACAUUGAUGGUGCUCCUUUUGGCCUUCCUACACGAACAAGGUUGGAAUCUGAAGGACCAACAUAUUGUUGGAAUGAAUUAAUCACAUUAAGCACGAAGUAUCGAGACUUAACUGGUCACUCGCAACUUGCUUUUACAGUUUGGGACGUUUCACGCGGGAAGGAUGAGAGAUUGAUUGGUGGGGCAACGAUUCUUUUGUUUAAUAGCAAAAGGCAACUCAAAACUGGGAAACAAAAGCUUAGGCUUUGGCAGGGAAAAGUUGCGGAUGGAUCAUUUACAACGGCUACUCCGGGAAAGGUCCCUAAACAUGAACGUGGUGAAUUGGAGCGCUUGGAGAAGCUUCUGAAUAAGUAUGAGAGGGGACAGAUCCAACAUGUUGACUGGCUUGAUCGCCUUGCAUUUAAAAGUAUUGAGAAAAUCAAGGAACGUGAAAGCUCCAAAAAUGGAAAUUCUCAUUUAUACCUGGUUGUUGAGUUUGGUGGGUUUGAACAUAGAGUCGUUUUUCAGGAAUCAGGAGCAAAUUUCUUAUUACCAUCUCCUAUCGCUUCAUCAAAUGAAAUUGUCACUGUUUGGGACCCAGAAGUGGGAAAGAUAAAUCCCUCCGAGCACAAGCAACUAAAGCUUGCCAGGAGUUUAACUCGUGGCAUUAUUGACAGGGAUCUUAAACCAAGCUCCAAUGAAAGAAAGGCCAUACAAAGAAUUCUUAAAUACCCACCGACAAGGACUUUAAGUGGAGAUGAAAGACAGCUUUUAUGGAAAUUCCGUUUCUCAUUGAUGUCUGAGAAGAGGGCUCUUACAAAGUUUCUUCGAUGCGUUGAAUGGAGUGAUGUUCAGGAAGCAAAACAGGCACUAGAACUCAUCGGCAGGGGGGAAAUGAUUGAUGUCUGCGAUGCAUUGGAGCUAUUAUCUCCUGUUUUUGAAAGUGAAGAGGUUCGUGCAUAUGCUGUCAGUGUUCUAGAAAGAGCCGAUGAUGAAGAGCUUCAAUGCUACUUACUUCAACUUGUUCAGGCUCUUCGGUUUGAGCGCUCUGAUAAAUCUCGCCUUUCUCAUUUUCUUGUGCAGCGAUCAUUGCAGAAUAUCAAGUUUGCAAGUUUUCUUCGCUGGUAUGUUGCUGUGGAACUCUAUGAUCCAGCAUAUGCAAAACGUUUCUACUGUACCUAUGAGAUUCUGGAAGAGAACAUGAUAAAGUUGUCAGCUAGUGUGAAUGGAGACGAAGAUGGAUUUAAAUUAUGGCAAAGUUUGGUUCGUCAGACUGAAUUGACUGCCCAAUUGUGUUCAAUUACGAGAGAUGUAAGAAAUGUACGCGGUAAUACUCAGAAGAAGAUUGAAAAGCUUAGACAGCUACUUUCUGGUCUUCUCAGUGAGCUUACUUAUUUUGAAGAGCCAAUACGGUCACCAUUGGAUCCUGGUGUUCUAAUCACUGGGAUUGUGCCAUCAGAGUCAUCAAUUUUCAAAAGUGCAUUGCAUCCUUUGCGCCUCACGUUUCGAACCGCAAAUGGUGGAAGCUGCAAAGUAAUCUUUAAAAAGGGGGAUGAUAUUCGGCAAGACCAAUUAGUUGUUCAAAUGGUAUCUCUGAUGGAUCGAUUGCUUAAAUUAGAAAAUCUUGACCUGCACUUAACUCCGUAUAAGGUGCUAGCAACAGGACAAGAUGAAGGAAUGUUAGAAUUUAUUCCAUCCCGUUCUUUGGCGCAGAUUCUCUCAGAGCAUCGGAGCAUCAUAAGCUAUCUUCAGAAGUUUCAUCCAGAUGAGCAUGGACCAUUUGGUAUUACAGCAACCUGUCUUGAAACAUUUAUAAAGAGCUGCGCUGGCUACUCUGUUAUCACGUAUAUACUGGGCAUUGGUGACAGGCACCUUGACAACCUUCUCCUUCGGGACGAUGGGCGUCUUUUCCAUGUUGAUUUUGGCUUCAUUCUUGGUCGUGAUCCCAAGCCAUUUCCUCCACCUAUGAAGCUGUGCAAAGAAAUGGUUGAGGCUAUGGGUGGAGCUGAAAGUCAAUAUUAUACAAGGUUCAAAUCCUAUUGUUGUGAAGCAUACAACAUUCUCCGUAAAUCUAGCAAUCUUAUCUUGAACUUGUUUCAUCUAAUGGCGGGUUCCAACAUUCCUGACAUAGCUUCUGACCCUGAAAAAGGCAUUUUGAAGCUCCAAGAGAAGUUCCGGUUGGACUUGGACGAUGAAGCCUCUAUUCAUUUCUUCCAGGAUCUAAUCAACGAAAGUGUUAGUGCCUUGUUUCCUCAAAUGGUUGAGACCAUUCAUCGGUGGGCCCAAUACUGGCGCUAAAUCCCAUGUAAGUUGUCUUUUUCAUGAUAUAUAGUAGGGUAAUAUCUCUAGUUGUAAAGUGUUGAGCAAUAGAAAAAUUGGUCCAUGAAUGACUCAAAUCGUAUUCACAUGGACAUACACUGUACGUAAACUAACCUCAAUGAAUGGUUUACCUUCUUCUUAUCACCGCCACAAGUCUUUGCAAAGUUUAUCUCUGGUUAUGGUGUGUGGAGAUAAUUUGAGCUCGAACGGUAGAUGGUACUGGUAACCUUCUACAGAAUUUCAAAGUGAUUUCUUUUACAUCCUUCUAUUAGGUUUGGGUGUCUGGAAAGACAGAAGAGCCAGUGAAGUUGCGCUCACUGUGUGUAUGUAUGUAUUUUUGUAUAUAAUUACAUGUUGACUUUAUUUAAUGUCUUUAAGGAACCAUAAUCUCAUGAUUUCUGUGUAGACUAAUUUCCGUGUUUGUUGAAUAAAUUUUUGCAUGGGAAAGUUCCUAAAAUCGAAGGUUUUGCUUCUUUUGUAAAUACUGAGAAUGUAUUAAACUUCUUUUGAAAUCCCGACCACCAACCGUUGUGCUUGAUGUUUGAAGUCCAAUUUGACCGGCAUAUCUUG